GCGUUGCCGCAGAUCAGUGAGACGAAGGUCGGCCUGCUGCACGUGUUCAUCCAGCACACCUCGGCGAGCCUGACGCUCAACGAGAACGCCGACCCGGACGUGCGACACGACCUUGAACAAGCGUUCAACCACCUCGCGCCCGAGUCGUUCCCGCACACGCACACCUGCGAGGGGCCCGACGACAUGCCGGCCCACGUGAAGGCGUCGCUGCUGGGCGCCAGCCUGUCGAUCCCCGUGUGUGAUGGGCGACUCGCGCUGGGGACUUGGCAAGGGAUCACGUUGUGUGAACACCGCAACCAUGCCGGCGGCCGCAGGAACGCACCCCUGAUGUACCGAACUCUCGCUGGCUGCGCCCUGCUCGCCUGUGCUUCGUUGGCGACAGCCCAGGACGGGGCAGGUGACUCCGCCGUCUUCGUCCCCGACAACGCUCUGACACCCAACAGCACGACGGCGGUCGAAGCGUCGGGUGACAAUGAAUUGCCGAUCGCGACCACGCCCUCCGAAGCGAACGGCUGGACGAAGCUGUUCAACGGCAAGGACCUCACCGGCUGGACCGCCAGCGAGAACAAGGACACCUUCAAGGUCGAGGAUGGCCUGAUCGUCGUGCACGGCGAUCGCUCGCACCUCUUCUACACCGGCGACGUCAACGACGGAGAGUUCAAGGACUUCGAGCUGUGGGUCGAGGUGCAGACCGAGCCGCAAGCCAACUCGGGCGUCUACUUCCACACCGAGUACCAAGAGACCGACUGGCCGAUGAAGGGCUACGAGGUGCAGGUCAACCAGUCGCACGGCGACCCGCGCAAGACGGGCGGCCUCUACGGCAUCGUUGACGUGAUGGACGUGUCACCCGUCGAGGACGGCGACUGGUACGUCGAGCACAUCACCGUCAAAGGCAAGCACAUCACGGUGCGCGUCAACGGCAAGGUGACCGUCGAUUACACCGAGCCCGAAGGCGUCGAGCGCGAAGGCCGCAUGGCGGGCCGCAAGAUCGACAAGGGGACGUUCGCCCUUCAGGGCCACGACCCAGGGAGCGUGGUCCGCUUCCGCCAGAUUUGGGUGAAGCCGUUGGACUGA